CUCUCUCUUUCAAAAAUUUCCCCUAACGUCUCUUUCCAUCUAUACGUUCUUCUGCUAGACUGCUACACAUUCAAAGAAUCAAAACACUUGAUUUGAGCAGCAAAAGAGUCCAUUGAAACACUACUACUUCAACAUAUUAUAUUGUGGUGGCUGGAUGUGAUUUCGCUCAAAAAGAGCAUAUGAUGUUUACAGAAGGGCUAGAUACAAAUGCUCUAAGAUGGGUCAAAGAGGGAUCCAACAAUCCAAAAAAAGAAACCCCUCCCUCCACAUCAAAUCAACGAACAAGAUUCGAUCCAAUCACUUCUAGAAACAACUCUCGAGGGUUCGGAUUGCCUCAACCUUCAAAAUUCAAAAAUGGUGUUGUUCCAAUAUCUCAAGUCUUGCCAAGAGAUGACACUAAUUCCACUUCUGAAGACAUGUCAAGUGAUUCAGAAGGAGAGGUAUACGGUGGAAGAUACUCAGUGGAUUCCUCCCCUCAUGAUGAUAGAGUUCCUUCUGGUAGUAGCAAUAGGCACCGGGAUCAUGAUCCUGUGAAACGGGGCCCACGGUAUCAUGUGUACUCUAGUGAUGUGAGCUCUUCGAUUGAAAUGAGGAAUGUGGCGGAUCGAUUGUUGAUGAGGGGAGGUGAGAGGUAUAAUGUGAGAAGCAGUGUUUAUACGGAGGAUGAGUCAGAUGAUUCUAGAAGCUCAGAGUUUUCAAGUACACAAGUAGGGGCAAGUAUGGAAAAUUUGCCACAUAAAGAUUCGUAUGUUUCGGAUGGUUAUUCGUCUUAUGUUUCAUCACAUGUUAAUGGAGAUACUUCUUCAAGAAAGGAGUCAAAUGGUAAAAAUAUUGAGAAUCGACAAGCAUCCAAGGAAGAUUUUCCAAGUGCACCUCCAUUUUCAGGUUCAUUUGGGGAAAUCAAGCAAGAGAAGGAGCAUUCUCCAGUUUCUAAAGCUAAUUAUACUCCAUCUACAGCUGACUCGGUUGACUUUGUAGCUAAGUCAACUGUAGAGAAGAAGACUCCUGUUGUAGAUUUGAAAAUGAGUCAUAAACAGGAGACCUCAAACCCAUCUAGGAAUGUUGGUGUCAAAACUGGUUCCGGUUCUUUUCCUACACGUCUUCCAACGUUUCAUGCAAGCUCAUUGGGGCCUUGGCAUGCUGUGAUUGCAUAUGAUGCAUGUGUUCGACUGUGUCUACAUGCUUGGGCAAAGGGUUGCAUGGAAGCCCCCAUAUUUUUGGAAAAUGAAUGUGCUCUACUACGAAGCACCUUUGGUUUGCAACAAAUGUUGCUACAAUCAGAGGAAGAAUUGCUUGUUAAGCAAUCUUCUGAAAUUGAUAGCAAAGGGGCUACCCAAAAACCAAAGAAAAUGGUCGGGAAGAUGAAGGUGCAAGUACGUAAGGUGAAAAUGACAUUGGAUCCACCUACGGGAUGCAACUUUUCAUCAAUAAAAUCACCAAAAGUGAAAAUGGAAACUGUAAAACGCCAUUUUGCCAAUUUACAAAUGAAAGUGUCUUCUGGAUGGAAGUCAGUUAGAAGUAUUCAUUUCUCUCCUCGUGUCCCUAAAAAUGGUUCAUUUUCUCGCCAUAGUUUGGCAUACAUGCAAGCAAGCACUCAAUACAUCAAACAAGUUUCAGGCCUUCUUAAAAUUGGGGUCUCAACUCUAAGAAGCAGUUCAUCGAGCUAUGAAGUACAAGAAUCAUACUCAUGUCUUCUAAGACUUAAAAGUUCAGCAGAAGGGGAUACAAUUCGAAUGCAACCUGGAUCUGGUGAAACCCAUAUAUUUUUACCAGAUAGCCUUGGGGAUGACUUGAUUGUUGAAGUUCAAGAUUCCAAGGGAAACCAUUAUGGUCGUGUUCUAGCUCAAGUCGCCACUAUUUCUGAAGAUCAGAAUGACAAACUAAGAUGGUGGUCUAUAUACCGAGAACCAGAGCAUGAACUUGUUGGAAAAAUUCAACUCUAUAUUAAUUAUACAACAAGUUUAGAUGACAACAGCCUGAAGUGUGGUUCCAUUGCUGAAACAAUGGCAUAUGAUCUUGCUAUGGAGGUUGCCAUGAAAGAGCAAAACUUUCAACAAAGAAACCUUUUGUUCCAUGAUCCAUGGAAGUGGUUACUUACUGAGUUUGCAGCAUAUUAUGGAGUUUCAGAUGCUUACACAAAGCUAAGAUACUUAUCUUAUAUAAUGGAUGUUGCUACUCCAACAAAUGAUUGUCUUUCAUUAGUAUACGAUUUGUUAUUGCCUGUUAUAAUGAAGGGGAAUACCAAAACCACCCUCAGUCAUCAAGAGAAUAGAAUAUUGGGUGAGAUUGAAGAGCAAAUUGAAGAGAUUUUUGCAGUUGUUUUUGAGAACUACAAGUCUUUAGAUGAGUUGUCUCCAUCUGGCAUGAUGGAUGUUUUUAAACCUGCUACUGGAGUUGCUGCACCUGUUCUGGAACCUUCUGUGAAAUUAUAUAAACUUCUUCAUGAUAUAUUAUCUCCUGAGGCACAAAAUAAAUUAUACAGCUACUUCCAGGCUGCUGCAAAGAAAAGAUCAAGAAGGCAUUUGAGUGAUACAGAUGAAUAUCUUAGUGGCACUGGUGAAGGAAAUUUGAUGAUGGAUCCUGUUGCUGUUUCUACAGCUUAUCAGAAAAUGAAAUCCCUUUGUUUAAACAUCCGAAAUGAGAUAUUUACAGAUAUUGAGAUUCAUAAUAGCAAUGUUCUUCCAAGUUUCAUCGACCUACCAAAUCUAUCAUCUGCAAUAUACAGUGCUGAACUUUGCAGCAGAUUGAGAUCCUUCCUUGUGGCAUGUCCUCCAACAGGUCCUUCUCGUCCUGUUACAGAGCUUGUAAUUGCAACUGCAGAUUUCCAAAAGGAUCUUGCCAGCUGGAAUAUCAAUCCUGUGAAAGGUGGAGUUGAUGCAAAAGAACUUUUUCAUCUUUAUAUCAUCAUUUGGAUUCAAGAUAAGCGAUUAUCGUUGCUUGAGACAUGUAAACUUGACAAGGUAAAAUGUUCUGGAGUGAGGAGUCAACAUUCAACAACCCCGUUUGUGGAUGAAAUGUAUGAGCGCCUUAAAGAAACUUUAAAUGAUUAUGAGGUCAUUAUAUGCAGAUGGCCUGAGUAUACAUUUGCUUUGGAGAAUGCGAUUGCAGACAUUGAAAAGGCAGUUAUUGAGGCUUUGGACAAACAAUAUGCAGAUGUUGUAGCACCUUUGAAAGAGAACUUGACACCAAAGAAAUUUGGCUUAAAGUAUGUCCAAAAGCUUGCAAAACGAACUACAAAUCCUUAUAUCGUGCCUCCUGAGCUUGGCAUAUUCUUAAACUCAAUGAAGAGAAUGUUGGAUGUUUUGCGUCCUAAGAUUGAAGUUCAAUUAAAGUCAUGGGGUUCGUGUUGUAUUCCCAAUGAGGGAAAUACAGCACCCGGAGAGCGUUUAAGUGAAGUCACAGUCAUGCUUAGAUCCAAAUUCCGAAACUAUCUUCAAGCAGUUGUUGAGAAACUUGUUGAGAAUACAAGGCUGCAAAAUAGUACAAAACUAAAGAAAAUUCUCCAAGAUUCAAAAGAAAGUUUGGCAGAAUCCGAGAUCCGAAGCAGAAUGCAACCGCUAACAGAGCAACUUACAAACACCGUGAAUCAUCUCCAUUCUAUCUUUCAGUCUCAUGUUUUCAUUGCCAUUUGUCGUGGAUAUUGGGACCGCAUGGGACAGGAUGUUUUGAGUUUCCUUGAGAACAGGAAAGAAAACAGAUCAUUGUACAAAGGCUCAAGAGUUGCUGUAUCUAUUUUGGAUGAUACGUUUGCAUCACAAAUGCAAAAACUACUUGGCAAUGCACUUGAAGAGAAAGACAUUGAACCACCAAGAUCCAUCAUUGAAGUCCGGUCAAUGUUAUGCAAAGAUACAGGCACUUCUACACACAAGAAGAACACUUACUUUUAUUAGUAACAAAUUGUUCUUGUAUAUAAUAAAAGA